AGUACUGCACUGUUAAUAUCUUUCACUUUCAUUUCUGAAUUCACUGAUUUUUGCUCCUCCUUGAAGAAAACGAAGAAGAUACAAAGAGACGGAGCAAAAACAUAAAAUAAAACUAAAACAUAACAGAAAAAUAAGUAGUGUGAGAGGUAGAGAGAGAAAAAGUGGUGCAGCAGAUAAUAGGAGAAAGAAUCAUGGAACUUUGAAAUUUCACAUUUACGUCAGAGAACCUCCUGGUAUUACAACAGAAAAACAAAUCUGCAUUCUAAAAGAUCCAUGGACAGCAAUAUGAUACAAGUUGAUGGAAUUCCAGAGGAUAUUCCAGCCGAGCGGGUCAGAGAUAAACUCACCAUCCACUUCUUGAGGAAUCGGAAUGGAGGUGGAGAGAUUGAGAAGAUUGACAUCAUGCAUGGACCUCCAAGUUAUGCUUUUGUAACAUUUGAAGAAGACAAAGUGGCCAAAAGAGUCCUGACGAUCAAGGACCACGUGCUAAAUACUUAAUGGCAAGACAUACUCUCUAAGAGUUAGUGAAGUCUCAGUUAUGUUGGAGCCUGAUGAGGUAUUUCUGGAAUCCUCAGUCAUUGUAAACUGCAACAAAAUUCCAGAAAGAUAUAAAAAUAUCAUGCAUCAUUUGAGCAAAAAGCACAUGGAUGUCAGCUUCAAUUUUGACAAAAAGCAAAAGACUUGUAUUGUAAGUGGGGCAUACACUAAGGUGCAUACUGUGAUUCAGGAGAUCUUAAGCACACUAGACCUAAGAUGUAAAAGCUCAAAGAAUGAACAAUCAGAGAUGCACAGUAAAGCUCAUAUUGGCCAGCUGAGAGAUAAAUACAGCUCUUCUUCACCCCAAGCACUCAUGGAUAUCUCACAUACGCAGGGUGAAGACCAAACCCUUAGUGCUCUUUAUGCAAUUGCUGAUCACAAGAACUAUUUGCCAAGAGUUGAACCCUUUGAGCUUGCAGAUGAACCAUUUGUCUGGGAUUAUGAUAUCUACAAAUUCAUACAGAAAUUUCACUUGGAUGAUUAUCAACACAUAUUACAAAAGCACCAGGUUCAAGCAGUGGAUGCUAGUGCAGAUGGAAUUACUACUCUGUACCUUCAGGCUGCAAAUGAGAACAGCAAAGGUAUCAAUUUAUUAAAUGCUCGAUUUGACCUCUUGGGUCUUUACCAGGGUCUGGAGUUAAAACUUAGAAAAGAACAAAUAAGUAAAAAAGAUAUAAAGUGUGAUAGUCAAUUUUUAAAAAAAAUAUUCAAAGACUUCCAAAAACUAUGCCCUCUGCUUCUUUGUCAUGAAGAUGGGCAAUAUCUGUAUUUUAUAGGUAGUGCUGUUGAUGUUGCCCAGGCCAAACAAUACUUCAAUGAUAUUCAUGGUCAGCAGAAAAAUCCAGAACCUUUCACUGGUGUACAAAUAGAAGAGAAAACUAAAAAGGGUAAGGCAGGAGAGUCAUCAGAUCAGAAGCCUCGUCUUAAUCGUUAUUCUAGCAUGGAAGCUAGUGGAGAAAGCAAGAUAGCUGCUAAAUUCAACAAUCCCAAAUCACUUGUUUAUACCCAACAGAUGACUCUUGUUGAAAAAAAUGGAGAGCAACAAUUUCAAGAAAAGGAGAAACAGAAAUCAGAACCAUUGCCUAACUACAUCAAGGAAAGGCAUCUGCUUAAAAAAAAAGAAAAUGAUAUUGUAGAAACAGAUGAAAAACCUGGAGAGAAACCCCUGGCAUUUUUUAAAAGAGGCGAGGUUGUCCCUCAGCGGAACUCUGGCAAGUUGGAGCUAAAACAAAGCACUGGCACUUUGAGAAGUGUAGGUCCUGUAAAGCCUGUUCCUCUUCCAAGAGCAUCAAGUGAAUAUCAAUACUCAAGUCUCCUUGAUACUUUUACCAUAGAUUCUACAAUAUCAGGUGCCAAACCCAUGCUUAGAAGGUCAAAUAGCUUUUCUCGGGUAUAUUCUAGGAACAACUCUGUGACAGACAAACAAAUUGAUACAGUGUUGGCAACAUUUAAAGACAAUGCUACUUCAGAAAUGGUGAAUCCCAUGGUUACAGAUAGAAUCUUUGUGGACCAAUAUCUCUGGUCCUAUCUGAAAGAUAUUUGUAAGUCUGACAUUGAAAAUAUGUGUGGUGAUGUACUGCUGACUGAAGAGCAAAACAAUGAUGUUAUUAUCUUAAUAUUUAAGGCAUCAAACAAAUCCAAGCUCUUCUUUGCAAGGGAAAAUAUUCAAUCACUUUAUAACAGAGAGAAAGACAUUCUUAUCAUACAGUCAUUAAGCUAUGAGACCCUUCAGCUGAGCGGCCCAGGGGACAAAAGUGUAGAUGAUCUGUGCAGUUUGCUUCGGAAUUGUUCUAGCAAGCUUUGGUUUAGGCCGAAUGAGGAUAAUUUUUUUCUUAUAUAUCCAAAAGAGUUACAGCUAAAGGUGCAAGAAGAAUAUACUAGAUUUUUAGAAUAUAAAAAAAAGUCUCUGAGUUUUCGUUCUUUGUCUGUGGAAACACAUAGUGCACCCAUGAUUGAAAGCAUCUGGAACACUGAACAGAGGAAUUUACCUGAUAUCAACGUACAAUCCAUGGGUGGCAAAUUUCAGUCGCUGCCAGCAUUAAUUAACACAAGAACCCAUGAUGUCCCCUUAGCAUUAAGCCAUGAGUUAGAAAACCUAAUAGAUCCUAAGUAUGAGAAACAAUCUUUGAGCGAGAACAACCAGUCAUCAGAUAAAACUUACGAAAAUUCCACAUUUUUGAAGUAUGCAAAUAAUAGUUCUUAUGAUGGAGAUGUUGCAAAUAAAGGAUCAAAACUGCCAACAAAGUCUUCUGAAAUGAGUGAAGAGUUUAAAUACUUGGAAGAGCUAAGGCAUCAGAAUCUUCAGCUAGUGGAUGAUAGUGAAACAUCCUCAGGUACUGUUAAGAAAGGUAACAAUUUUUGGAAGUAUCAGAAUGUAUUUUCUCAAGAAGAAACCAGUUCUUCACCACCACAGGAAAUUCAAGAUUCAUUAAAGAUUGGUCAUUUUUCUAAGGAACUUGAGUCCCACAAGGCUACAAAUGCCUUGCAAAGUAGGUUUCAGUUGGACACCAGCAAAGACAUUGUGGAUGAUAUCACUAUGAAGUUUAAAAGUGAAUUUCAUAUCCAGGAUGAAGAUUACAAGUCUUUAUCAAAAUCCAGCUACUCUUCAACACAUGUUUCAAUAGAAAGAAACAACCUUACAGAAAAGGAAGGUGUGCUGGAAAAUAGGGAUGGAUCCAAAUUCUCUGAGAUGAGAAGUCCUGCCGUAGGCCAAGAGGCAGAGAAGACUAAUAAACUCUGUGACCAGUGUAAGAAAGAUAACCUAACUAUAGAGGUUUUGCCGGAUCAAUACUUAUGUAAUCGUUGUAUCUCUAGUAAAGGGUACCAAGUUACUACUUCUGCAGAAGCAGAAAUGACAAAUUCUGUUGUCAAUGCCACCAUGAGUUCUGUAGCUAUGAAUUUAACAGUAUCAGGGUUCUGA